CAAGCUUCACUUUACGUCUCAACCCAAAGAUACUCUUAAUUGCAACUUCUUCCAUCUCUCUAAAUAGUACUCCAGACCUAAUUGACAGCUUAAAAUGUCUUGCCCAGACUGCUUCCGCGGUGGAGUUCACGAAGGCGACCCUGUAGGCUCAACAACCACCAUUCACGGCCUCCCAGUCUACGUUUCGAAUCCACCAGAAGGUGCCACUCCCAAGGGAAUCGUGGUUUUCAUCCCUGAUGCUUUUGGGUGGGAAUUUGGGAACAAUCGGCUAUUGGCAGAUAAAUAUGCCAAGAGAGCUGGAGUUGUGGUUUAUCUUCCCGAUUUCAUGGCUGGCUCGGCCAUGCCAUUAAGCGGCCUCGACCUCCUGGACAAGAUCAUGACUCCCACCUCCUGGCUCAACACCAUCCUCUAUAAACCAUUCUACAUCCUCCAAGCAAUGACACAAGCAAUCCCCUUCAUAUUCAAGAACCGCCUCUCCGUCACCAAACCCCGCGUCUCCUCCUUCAUCCAAGCCCUCCGCACCUCCCCUCCCCCCUUCCCCACCACCAACCUAAAAAUCGGCGCAGCAGGCUUCUGCUGGGGCGGGAAACACACCAUGCUGCUCGCCCAAGACCCUCCUUCGUCCCGGGUCUCCCCAUACUCAUCUACCUCUACCUCACUCCCGCUCUCUCCUCUCAUCGAUUGUGCGUUCACAGCUCAUCCCUCUAUGAUUUCCGUUCCUGCGGACAUCGAGCAGAUCACCGUGCCGACUAGUGUAGCGGUCGGAGAUGUGGAUAUGGCGAUGGGGAAGAAGGAUAUUUUGACCAUGAAGGAGAUAUUGGAGGUUAAGAAGAAGGGGGACCAUGAGGUUGUUUUGUUGGAUGGUGCGAAGCAUGGGUUUGCGGUUAGGACGAUGGAUGAUAAGCAUCAGUGGGAGUGUGCGGCGAAGGCGGAGACGCAGGCUGUGCAGUGGUUCGGGAGGUGGUUUGCUUGAAGAAGGGUGCUGGGUUCGAUUGUGGCGUUGGGGACUCGAUUUGUUGGGAUCUUGCUCUUCUGCAAAAGCUUUCUGCUGUCAUGGGGCUAUCUCAACGCUGGUACGGACAGGUGGAACAUUCCAAGCCUUUAGGAACGCAAAUAUGGCAUGAACACUGUUGAUAUUGACUCGAGAAAGCAGUCUAUUGCAAUGAAUCCUGAUGACUGCUAUAUACAGGCAAGAGUGACUGCUCAGGGAGCAAAAAGGGAUGUCUUCGCAUACGACUAGUCGAACGUCUUUCAGGCCCCUAUAAGCUCCAAUGAAGUUAGCAAACAAGGCCAUCUUCAAACAAAGACGAUUAAAAUAUAAAGCCCAG